AUGAACAAGAUACGGGCAAUCCAGGAGCUCAACAAGAGGGAGAUAGAGCAGGGAAUCUCCCCCAAUGCUUCCUGGCAUGUCGACUAUCGCGACACGGCGUUUGUCUACUUCGGCGGGCUCCCGUACGAGCUCAGCGAGGGUGACGUCAUCACCAUCUUCUCGCAGUACGGCGAGCCGACCUUCCUCAAGCUCGCCCGCGACAAGGAGACGGGCAAGUCGCGCGGCUUCGGCUGGCUCAAGUACGAGGACCAGCGCAGCACCGACCUCGCCGUCGACAAUCUGGGCGGCGCGACCAUUAACGGUCGCAUGGUCAGCGUCGACCACGCAAGGUACAAACCCCGGGACGACGAGGAUAUGGACGAAGGCCGCAUCGACUGGGAGACGCUCCAGAAGCGGGGGAGACUCGAGGAGGGCGGCGGCGGGGGCGACGACGACACAGAUAUGGGCGAGGGCAGUGAUGACGACGAGGCUGCGAGCAGGAGCAGGCAUCGGCCAAUGCUGAAGGAGGAGCGGGAGCUCAUGCUGCUUGAACAGGAACAUGAUGAGGACGACCCCAUGAAAGAGUUCCUGGUCGAAGAGAAGAAGAAGGAGGUCGAGUAUGCGCUUCGCAGGGCGAAAAAGGAGAACGACGGCGGUGAUAGGCAUUCAAGCCGUCAUCACCGGUCGCACCGGUCGCACAAAUCGCACAGGUCUCGGAAGGACGACAGCGAUGAUGAUCGUGAACGGAGUAGUAGGCGCAGGAGAGACGGCGGAGACGGCGAGGGUCGCAGAGAGCGGUCGAGGCGUGAUGAUACCCCGAUUUUAAAGGACGCGGACGAAGAUGGCCAUCGCCGCGAAAGGCGGCGCCGCGAUUCACGCAUCGAACCUCCGAUCGAGAAAGGAGUCACCGGCACAGAGAUAGGAGCAGAUCACCUUGAAGGCGGCUUUGAGAUGUCUUGA